AUGUUAAUUGAAAACUCGGAGAACGAAAAGUAUGUCAAAGCCAUCAAUUUUGGUUGUUACCCAAAAAAUGUAUUAAAAUUUCAAGACAGUCAAGACUUGUUUCAACAAUUGGUGUUUAUAGACUACCAGUUGAAGUUACUAGUACAAAAUGAGUUUUAUGGCGAAGAGUUAUCAUCAGUACAAGAUAUAGUCUCCUCGAAUGAUGGAACUUACUCACCAAAGGAAAAAUUAGCUCAAUUGAUAAACUACACAUCCUCAAUCAACUCAAAUUAUCACAAGUCAACAAGAAGCUAUGAAAGUAAUUUAUAUUACACGGUAUUGAUGGCUCAUUUACUAUUUCUUGAUGGAAAUAUUCGUGAAAUGAACAAAUUGCUCACAUCAAUCAAAGUGACUUUUCAAGUGAGCAAAAAUCUUAAUGUGUCUACUAGUGUCUUUGAAUUUAUUCAGUAUUUGACAGCUAGAUACUACGUCUUACUAGGGUUGAGUAAUCAGAAUGGGUUAUCAAUCUGGACUGAUUAUUUAAAUUAUUAUACGAAACCAUUUUCUAAAUCUCAAGUGGCCGCAAAUCACUGGUUGGACUUGUUACUUGGUAAUGUUGCUAUUGUAUUAACUAAAAAUCGUACUAUUCAGUUAUCAUUUGGCAACCAAUUGACCAAAUUACCAUUUUUCAAAAAUAAAGUGGCGAUUAUCGCCUUAGCUAAUUUUCUUUUACGCCCAGAAAGUGCUAAACUCAUUAAUAGAAACUUUAAACUGGAAUAUACUGAGUUCUUGGUGGUUGAUAUCAAUGAAUGCAUUCACCUGAGAGUUCAAUUUCCGGAUGCCAGUGAUGAAAAUACUCAAGUUAAUGACUUUACCAACAACUUGUACGAAUCAUUGAGUUAUGUGCCAUUCAACUUGGCCAUUUUCAAGCCGUCAUUGUCAAAAGAAUUCUUGGUUGAUGCUAUGAAAAAGACAUAUCAAAGUAGAAUUGUCAUUUCUAAUUUUAUUUACACAUUGAUUGACUUAAAUGAGUACGAUGAAGCCUUGGCUGCAUUCAAUACAUAUAUUGACUACUUGGAAAAAGACCAAGAGUUAAAAGGUGGUCACGUUGAGGACAUUUUAGCCAUUAUUGACACAUUCAGUACUUGUAUCAUUCAUUUCAAUCCACUCAAGUCAUUUAAAUCUAAUCCAAAAUUCAAAUUCACCGACGAACCUAUUGUUUUGCAACAAUUACAUAGAUAUGUUAAACAGUUGCAAGAUUAUAUGGCGAAAUUUGACGAUUUGAUUGAUUUGAGUUAUGAUGAUGAAAAUUAUGCUGGUGAUAGAAACCCACUUUCAUUUUUGUACCGCAAAUACAAUUUAAAUGUGUUGCAAUCAGACCAUUCUCAAUUUAUCGAAUUGAUUUCAAAAGCAUGGCACUCAAUCGGUUACUACCACUACUACUUGUCAUCGUGCGAAUCAACUAAUCAAAAAAUUCUUGAUGGCCAUGUGGCACAAGUGUUGAAGAAUUACAAAAACUCAUUGAUUGUCAAUUCAACUGGUAAUGUAGUUUACUUGUUCCAUUACGCAUUAGCCUUGGCAAAUGUUGGACAAUUGAAACCUUCAUUAAAGUUGUGUAAAUUUAUUUUGAAACGGUACCCCGAAUCGUUCAAAACGUGGAAUCUUUUGGUGUUGUUGAUUACAUCAUUCAACAAUAAUGACGACGAUGCCAAUAAACCAGCAAGUUUCAAUGAUAAUAUACUACCUGAAAAUUUACUUAAUGAUGUUAGUAAGGCAAAUGGUGAUAUAAACGGGAUUGACCAACAAGUUGAUAGUGGCUAUAUGCCACCAAAGUUGGAGAUUAGAGAACCUGAGAAAUUCAUCAACAAGGCGUUAAAUAUUUCCGGAUUGUACAUCUUAAAGCACAAGGAAAGAGACAUUAGAUUGUCUACUGAUGCCAAAUACGAAAUCAUGCAAUUGAAAUUGACUCAAUUGGCAGUAUUGGAAUCGAUCCAUGGAUCACAAUAUAUGAUGGAUUUCAUCUCGGAGGUAUUUGUGUUGUAUCAUGAACUUUUCGAAGUCUCAUUUGAUACAUCUAACAACGGUGCCGGCUUUGCUUCAUCACGAAACUUUGGUGCUAAUGAAAAAUGGUCACACAGACCAAGCUUUAUUGACGCUGCUGAGCUACAAAAUGUUGGGUCAACACGAGCACCACCAGCACGAGCUAGCUCUCCAACCAAUGCCGCUUACUCUGUCUCCCACACACUGGCAAAGACUAACCCAAUAGCUAUGCAAAACGGCUCCGUUAUUAACGAAUCCAAUGGCUCAAAUGUGAAACGGAGCCACACGGUUGAUCGAUUAAGAAGACUUUCGAAAUUGCCCAAGUCACUUCCCAAUCCAAUGUCGAGACCCGACUCGACAGCAAGAAGGGGCUCGGUUGUGUCGCAGUCAUCGUUAAAGACAAGUAGUAGUGGUGGAGGUCCUGGAUCACGUAUUAAGAAGCCCGAGUUUUUUAAAAACGGCAAUGAUCUGAGAAAUGGCGUACAAGAAAAGCCAUUGUCGCCAUCGCCUUCCCGUACCGGUUUACUGCCAUCAAACGCUGCUUCUGUGGCAGCACCAGCCCCAGUGAAGCGUUCUAUCCCUUCAGCACACCGCACUACUCCAAGGGAUAACAUUCUUGAACGUAAAUUGCUUCAAGAGUUGUGGCUCUGGACAGCACGCGUGUUUUUGAAGAAUGAUUUAUACGAUGAGUGUGAACAAUGUAUCGCUGAAGCUGAGUCCAUUUACGAACCCAAUAUCAAGACAUUUAUAGCUACGGGACAAUUGAGUUCCAAGACCAAGAAAUUCUUAUCAUUGCAAGAAUAUGAACGGACAUUGGAAAUUUUGCAAUGCAGUGAUAAAUACAGUAGAAUUGAAUUUGGUUAUGCCAUCUUGGGAUUGGCAAAAUUGUUUCUUAUUGAUGAUGUGUCGACCAAGAGUUUAUUCAUUUCGACAAAGGAUAUGGAUGCGGCAAUCAUUAGAUUGAAGAAUAUGUUAGAACAGUAUUCUUUGAGUUGGCCAGUGGGAGCCAACAAUUGUGAAGUUUGGUUUUAUUUGAGUAAGAUUUAUGAAAUCAUUGAUGAUAAGAUUUUGUUGACGAGGAGUUUAUGGAAAUGUGUGGAGUUAGAGGAUAGCAGGCCCGCUAGAAGUUUUGAAGUUUGUAAUUCAAAUAUGUAG